UUUCGCACGGGUUAAUCCGCAGCACAUGGCAGGGCGAGUGUUAUUUGUACGUCAGCCCAGGCUGAUCACACACACAGACACGCUGCAUGGAGAGGGGGGAGAGAGCGAGCGAGGGACAGAUUACGGGAUAGAGGAAUAAAGAUAGGCUGAUACCGGCAGACAAAGAGAUAGUUAUAAAAAAAACAGGAAGAUAUAUAUAGAGAUAGAGAGAAGAGAGACGCGGAGACGGGCAAACAUUUACAGAAGUAUAGAAAGAGCGAGACGGGAAGAGAGAGACAGAAAAAUACACAAUAAUAAAGGUGAAGAAAGAGAUAGAAAGUGCGUAUUAUUCAGAGAGAGGUAUAUACAGUAUCGAUGGACGCAGGGAGUUAUAGAAAGCGUUGACAGGGGCGCUUAUAGGUCUGUUGGUAAAUAGGCGCAUGGACAGACAAUGGUGAGCAUACACGUGACAUUAGAGAGGGGAGGAGAGGAGGGUGGAGGGAGAGGAGGGAAGCAGUGAAGGAGGUGUGACACACACAGGCACCGAAGGAGCGAUACAGACAGCAAAGAAGAAAGAGACGCUCGCACCAGCAGUCUCCUUCUGAACUCUCUAGUUGCAGUUAUGAAAUCCACGCCGCCAGAGACAGGUCCCCCCAAACCCGACACAGACCACCCUCAGGACGGCGAAGCAGAGACGCAGACCAAAGAGGAAAACAGAAAGGCACGCGGCGAGAGCGAAAAGGAUUCCGGGUACUCGGACACCAGCUCAGAAAGCUUCAGUUCCGAAGAGACCGCUGGCACGGCAGCCGCGAGCGCACAGGGACGCUCGCAAGAAACAACGCAGACGCAGGCAGCCUACAAGCCCGUCUACAUACUGCAAAACGUCGUACUAAAACAGCCACGGUUCCUUCUACUUCAGCAACCUCUCCGACGCCACCGCAAGCGUCCCACCUCAUCGUCUUAUAUCCCCAUCCUUCGCUCAUAUCCUCGAAUCGCCCCGCGCUUGGCUCCUCCAACCCCGUCAACCGCUCGCAUCCCAACGCCACCCAAGGGCGACGACGCGCCACCACCUCCUCAUCUCCUGGACAUCUCCCUCCGCUCGCUGGCUCUCCUACGCCGGACAAGGGAGACCCAGCGCUCCAUCCGUGAACUCCGGGCUCACACCAGACUUUACAGCAGAGCCGUACAGGGUGAAGAAGGUGGUUGGGACAGGCUGCGGAGAGCGAUGGAGAGAAGCGGGGUUUACAGAAAGGUCGUCUCAUCGGGUUUAGAAGUGCCAUUACAGCAAGAGGAGACAUCGAUGAAGGAAGACCCAAGUCCUUCAGAAAAGGCUACCACCCCACAGGAUGAAAACACUGACUUGCCAAAAACAAAGUCUUCAGAAGACGUGGCGAUAAAAGGAGAAGGUGAAACAAACUCAAUGAUGCAAGCGGCUUCCUAGCAAAGCCACAGGUGUCGUUAGCGCACCCCCCACAAGACUAUGGUCAACCUGGAUGCAGCCUAGACGGCCGAAUGGUUCUUAUCUACCAUCAAAUUCCAUGUUUCUAUGGAUUUUUACCUACAAUACAAUUAAAUUGAAUGCAUCGCAUGGGGCUGAGCCUCAGACCACCACCUAAAGUGUACAGAUUAAAUUUUAUAGUAUAUAAAACUCUUUACCGUCACUGUCUGUGUGUGCGUGCGCGCCUAUAACUGUUCCGCUUCUCUGUGUCGCUGAUCACCUGUAAGAAGCUGAAAAUAUUUUAGCGUGACAAACGUCAUCGAUUAAAAACAGCCUAUAGCGUA